CUUGUGGGUGAGAGGUGACCUCACUCUCUCCAGUCUCCCACGUGCUGCUGCAGCUGCUGCUGCUGCUGCUGCUGCUACACCAUCUUUCCCCUUCUGCCAGCCUCAUAAACAAGUUUCAUUAAUGAUAUAUGGCUAGGAAGAACUAUUAAAAAGAAUGUGCUAGCUUUGCGUUUGUCUAUGAGUGACGUUAAGAAAUCUACCACAAGCGAAUACAUAGCCAUGUUCGCUUCCCAGCCAUAGUUUACGCUCAGCGGUGUUGUGUCACACAAUAAUACAUAGACUUAAACAUUUCCGAAACACCCUCAGUCCCUCACCAGACCAAAGCGUUAAAUAUAACAGUACAUAUAUAUAAAAUACUUAUCAAAAGCCAAAUAUCAGUGAGUCUUCGUAUACACCGAAAGGAAGUAUUAACUCUGGAUAAGCAGCAGUACGGACUGAACCAACGUCCUUGUAACUACUUGUCCACAACUAUACAAGCUUAGCUACUGGGUGUAGCUGAUGUUAACACACUGCUGAGGUUUCUCCUUGCUGCAGUUGUUGCUAAUUUUGAAGUAGUUACAACUGUUUGUUGUGCUGCAGUAUUUAAAACUGCUGGAGUAGUUUCACCUGUGUUGCAGUAAUUGCAGCUGUUGCAACUUCCAUAUUUCAAGUCAGAGGUGCCCUAGGCUCCAUGGAUUAGCCAACCCUUUGUCACUCCUUACUCGCCACUCUCAGUGAUCCAACUUUGUCUCUUCCUCCCAAAUCCCCAAAUUCCUUCUCGUCCGACAUCAAUCCAUUACCGGGACGAGUGAACAGAAAACAAGAGAAGUCACGAAGGAAAAAAAGGUCAUAAGAUAAGGUGCCCGUGUCGACCUUGGUCCGCUACGGUCACUGCUCUCGAGGACUUCCCACCGCUGGACCAGUUUCUCUGUGACAGCAGCUGCGUGAGGAAGCAUGAGGGGGAUGGCGCUCAGCAAGUGUGUCCUCCUCACCCUCACACUCCUCAUACCCGCCUCACACGGUCGUGCUUACCCCUGGAGGAAGGGUUCACACGACCUCCAGUACCAGAACCACUAUGGGAAAGUUCACAGUCGUGGAGAGAGUCGCGUCCAAGCUAGACUCAGUAGUGAUGGGCGGGUCCAAGGCAGACUCAGUAGUGAUGGGCGAGUCCAAGGCAGACUCAGCAGUGAUGGCCGGGUCCAAGGCAGACUCAGUAGUGAUGGCCGGGUCCAAGGCAGACUCAGCAGUGAUGGCCGGGUCCAAGGCAGACUCAGCAGUGAUGGCCGGGUCCAAGGCAGACUCAGCAGUGAUGGCCGGGUCCAAGGCAGACUCAGCAGCCACCACAGGCCUCAUUUCGACAGGAACACGGAGAUACGUGAAAUCAUUGAAGAGACCUUUGCUGAAUUACUAGCAGCGCCACCAGCGUCAGACCUCCACUACCCACCUUCACUCAUCUCUAACGACCUCGACGACCUAGGCAUUGGGCCGGAGGAAGAAGCUCUGUACAGUGCCAGGCAUGAUGACAGAGUUGAGCGUCCCUCGAGAACACAACAACCAGCACUGUCAGGUCGCUACCAGCAACUACAUCUGAGGAAGUCUGCCUCUACUAAAUAA